AUGAAGUCUUCUUGGUUAUUUAUAAUAUACGUGCUAUGGCUGAAUGGUCAUCAGUGUGCACCAACAAGGCAGGAGGAAAUGAAUCUCCGCGAAAACCUGAAGCUAUUAUCUGAAGUUGGAGAGAAGUAUGUAGAUGAAGAGGUAAAGAAAGCUUUGAUUGGUAUUAAGCAGAUGAAAAUUAUGAUGGAAAGAAAUGAAGAUAAGCAUGUAGAUCUGAUGAAAACCUUGAAGAAGAGCAGUGAAGAAAAACAGCAAGCCUUGCGACUUAUGGAUGAAGUAAAGGAAAGAUUAGAAGAAGAAGAAAGACAAUGUCAAGUAUCCUUGAAAAAUUUAUGGGAUGAAUGUGAAUCUUGUUUACAAAGUACCUGCAUGAGAUAUUACACAACUUGCAAACAUGGUUUGCCAACAUUUAGAAGAAAGGUAGAAGAUUUUUUGAGGAAAAUACCUCCACUCAUUUUUACCUUUCAUGAGGAUAAAGGAAAAGACAUCCAGUUUAAUGAAAAGCCUGAGAAAGAGGAUUCCCAGCUAGUAAAAAUGGAAGACUUAUUUAGCCAACUAUUAUCAGACAUGGGCUCAAUAUUUGACAGAAGUUUAAUUUUUUUCAAGCAGAUGCAAAAAGAAUUUGAUCAGUCUUUUCAGACUUAUUUCCUGUCUGAUCUGGACCUGAAUGAGUCCCCCAGCAUGCCAGCUUUGCCUGAGGACACGACCAGAAACAGCGGCUCACAGAAAGGCUGGGGUAUACCUGGCUUCUUACAGAUAGUUUUUGAUUUCAGUAAGACGGUGUUUGAAGGUGUCAGUGAGGUGAUUACUGAAGUAUUUAAUGAAUACAGAGAUAACAGAAGAGAUGUGCCAGAACAAGCCAAAGGCAAGUAUCCUGACAGAAGUGGCAUGUUCUCAAAAAUUGUGUCAGGACACUGGAGGCCUCUGUGCAGGGAGCUUCGGGAGAACUCCUCUGGAUGCCCACAGUUUCAUGAAAGAUGUCAGAAAUGUCAAGGCAAUCUUUUGCAUGAUUGCCCAAAUGUUCCUGAACUGCACAUCAAGUUUGAUGAAGCCUUUAAACUGGUGAAUCUCUCGGGGGAGCAGUAUGAUCAGAUUCUCCAGGUGGUUCAGCGUCAUACAGAAGACACUUCCUACUUGUUGAACAAGAUGAAAGAAAGAUUUGGGUGGGUGUCUGAGUUAUCCAAUAUGACCAUUGGACCAGAAAACAUUUUCAAUAUAGUUAAGGUGGCACCUGGGAAUCCUUCUGGUAAAAAUGAAACUGUGGUAGAUGUGAAUAUUCUGACUUCACCUACUUUCACCAUUAAAGUUCCUCCCAAUUUAGACCCAAAGAGUGCUGAAUUCAUUGAAUACAUAGCUGGGAAAGCACUGCAACUAUAUAAGCAGAAUUUUUAA